AUAGUUAAGGCACCAGCCACUCCACGAAGGACAUACCAGCUCCCUGUUGCCUGAAGAUGUUCCACCAAAUUUGGGCAGCGCUGCUCUACCUCUAUGGCAUUCUCCUUCAUUCCAUCUCCCAGUGCCCCGAGCCCAGUCAACUGACCACUCAGGACGUGGAUGGGAAAGAGUUCCCAGAGCCCCACCUGGGCCAGUGGCAUUUUAUUGCAGGGGCGGCUCCCACCGAGGAGGAGUUGGCCACGUUUGACCCUGUGGACAACAUCGUCUUCAACAUGGCUGCGGGCUCUGCCCCCACGCAGCUCCAGCUUCGCGCCGCCAUUCGCACGAAAAGUGGGUCCUGUGUGCCCCGGGAAUGGAUCUACCACCUGACUGAAGGGGGCACAGAGCUCAGAACUGAAGGCCGCCCCGACAUGAAGACCCAGCUCUUUUCCAGCUCAUGCCCAGGUGGCAUCCUGCUGAAGGAGACGGGCCAGGGCUACCGGCGCUUCCUGCUCUACAAUCGCUCACCAUUCCCUCCUGAGAAGUGUGUGGAGGAAUUCCGGUCCCUGGCCUCCUGCCUGGACUCCAAGGCCUUCUUACUGACUCCCAGGAAACAAGAGGCCUGCACGCAGUCCAGUAAGUGACCUGUGGUUCAUCUGUGCCCUCAGAUGGAUGUGGUGGGACUAAGACUGUGGUGGAGAGAGGAGAAGCCGGAGAUGCCCUUCCAAGAGUAAUAAAGACGAUUUUCAAUCCUCAUCACAUGUUGG